UAAAAAGCAUUUGACUCAUAUUUUCCAAUUUACAUUUUGUCAUUUGACCAAAAACGUGAGCACCUUUAAGCUUAAUUCACUAGAACGUGGAGGCAACCAACUUGAUGUAAAAAAUCAAACUUAUUUAGUGUGUCAUUUUCUAGACUCUUUCUUCAUGUAAUCAUGUCUUUGGUUCUCCUUUAUUAUAAUGCUAUGAACAUAACAUUGCGAUAAUACGUGCAUCCUUGGCAAACAAAACUACACUUAAUUUUAGGCAAAAAUUAAAUUUCAUAGAAUUGUUAAAGACUAUAGGAAGUUCUAUCUAUAUCAUUUGUAUGGGAAGACUUGGCUUGUGUGGUGUCCUCUUGGUCGCCUUACAACUCUUUUACGUGUUAACAUCGACAACUACCAAUGUUGUAGCUACGGCAUCCUUUGAUUAUAAUGAUGCACUUGAUAAGAGUUUGUUGUUUUUUGAGGCACAACGAUCUGGUAGACUCCCCGGGAAUCAACGAGUUCAGUGGCGUGGAGAUUCUGGCCUAGAAGAUGGUUUUUCACAACAAGCAGACUUAGUAGGAGGAUACUAUGAUGCAGGGGAUCAUGUGAAGUUCGGCCUUCCAAUGGCGUAUAGUGUGACACUAAUGUCGUGGGCAGCUAUUGAUUUGAAGAAAGAAAUAGUAGCUGCUAACCAAAUGGAUCAUACCCUCGAAGCAAUUCGAUGGGGGACUGAUUACUUUCUCAAGGCACAUUGUGACAACAAUGUUCUUUGGGCUCAGGUAGGUGAAGGAGAAGAGGAUCAUAGUUGCUGGCAGCGUGCUGAAGAAAUGACUACGUCAAGAAUAGCUUAUAUGCUUGAUUCCAGCCAUCCUGGUUCUGAUGUUGCUGGUGAAACUGCCGCGGCUUUGGCUGCUGCUUCCUUAGCCUUUAAGCCUUACAAUUCUUCCUACUCAGGUCUUCUCUUGCGUCAUGCUAAAGAGAUUUUUUCGUUUGCUGAUACGUUCAGAGGCCUGUAUGAUGAUUCCUACCCAGAAGCCGAAUCUUUCUAUCCUUCAUCCGGAUACACGGUUAGUACAAGUAUUGGUGUUACAUCAAUUUUAUAACGCUGAAAUGCUGGUAAUGAUUUGAAGGACGAGCUCCUGUGGGCAGCUGCCUGGUUGUACCGAGCCACGAAUAACGACUACUACUUGCAGUACGCAUCUUACAAUGGAGCUUCUUUAGGUGGAACUGGUAAUUCAGUCAAAAUGUUCUCUUGGGAUAACAAGUAUGCUGGUGUACAAAUCCUUCUAACAAAGGUAUUGUUAGAUGGAGAAGGUCAAGCAUACACUGACACUUUGAAGCAAUACAAAGCCAGAGCAGAUUUCUUUGUUUGCGCUUAUUUGCAGAAAAACAGCGGGGACAAUGUGCCCAUGACACCAGGAGGGUUGGCAUUCCUUCUCGCGUCAAACAAUUUGCAGUAUGCUGCAUCAGCCUCUUUCCUUUUAGCCAUCUAUUCUGAAUAUCUAGCUAGUUCAAGCUCUGUGAUCGAAUGUCCAGACGGUACAGUACAGUCUCAAGAUCUUCUGAACUUUGCUAAGUCACAGGCUGAUUAUAUACUCGGUAACAAUCCUCAAUCAAUGAGCUACUUAAUAGGCUACGGAACCCAUUAUCCUCAAAAGCCUCACCAUAGAGGUUCUUCUAUCCCUUCUAUACAUGAACUUAGUACCAGGUUGGAUUGUUCACAAGGGUUCGACAAAUGGUAUAGGAAUUGGAACCCAAAUCCAAACGUUCUGUAUGGAGGUCUAAUUGGAGGUCCUGAUAGCAGUGACUGCUUUACUGAUGACCGAGACAACUACGAUCAAAGUGAACCUACACUUACUGCAGGAGCACCUCUAAUAGGCCUUUUCUCCAAGCUGCACAGUGCAUUUUCCUCAAGUCCACCUUCAGGUUAUCAUGAGUCCCCUAAAACACCUCCACAAAGUUCUUAUUCAGAUAAAACAUCGGAACCAAGCACGCCUUCAGGUUAUGAUCAAUAUCAGAAUCCAUCAACUUCAAACGCGUCACCAGACCAACAAGCUGAAACUCCACUCCAGAGUACAUCAGUGCAAAAUCCUUCAGCACCAGAACCUGCUCCAAACUCUGACUACAUUCUGAAUUCACCUGCUCCCAGUCCAGUAAUAGAAGAUUAUGUCAUGGUUAAUCAACAAAUAAACUCGGCACCAUCAGCGCAUUCAGGCCGGGUUAAGUACUUAGUACUGAAAGCAAUGCUACCCUUCUUAGUUCCCCUUCUUGCAGCCCUGUAAUUUUAUAUGAGCUUGAGCUAAUUAGAUUAGCUUAGUAUAUGAAGCUAAUUCUAAUUUUAUUCUUGUAAUUUUUACCCCUAGCCUUGAUUGCUAGCAUUUUUUUUUUAUUAAAUUUUUUAUCUUUAUAAUUGUGAGUUAAUUAAUUAUUGUCAGAGACAUCAAUCCUUAUUGUACUUGAUUGAUGAAAUCUGAAAUUCAAAGUGGCAGCCAAAAAUUUGUGGUUUGCCCUUUUAUGUGAUGACCAUAAAUUA